AUGCUUUUCCUUCAGAAAGGCAAGCGCAAUAAGUGCUUUACUGAUGAGAUCACAAAGACCUACUGGUUAGAGAAGCUGACCAAAUAUUUUCAUUCCUCAUUUUUACCGUACACUCAACUAAGUGCAUAUACUGCAUAUCUAUCUAUCUAUCUAUCUAUCUAUCUAUCUAUCUAUCUAUCUAUCUAUCUAUCUCUUGCUUUUGAGAUUCUUCUUGUCUAUAUUUUCUUUCCCUUUUUAUUAUUCUUUAAACGAAGCCAUGAUCAAACACUAUUCUUCCUUCCUUCCUUUAGUUAUUCCUUUGCCUUAAUCCAUUCCUUUUACCACAAAUAUCCUCUGCCUUUCCUACCUUUAAACCUUCCUUCAUCAAAAACUCUCCCUAUAACUCUCCUUAUCACUUUUUUCUUUCUUAUAAUCAAGUUUCCUUCCUUCCUUUUUUUUCUUUCUUCCUUUGAAACACCCUCGUUAUGUCGUUUUCUCCUGUACUGCCUCUAUUUCCUUUGUUUUUUUCUUGCUGUCUCUCCUUUCUUUCUUCUAUUAUCAAAUAGCCUCUUUCCCAUUUUCUCUCUUCUGCCUUCCUUUCUUCCUUCCUUCUUUCCUUCCUUCCUUCCUUCCUUCCUUCCUUCCUUCCUUCCUUCCUUUCAUCAAAUACACCCUCCCUCUUUUUUUUCAUUUUUUCUUCCUUUUAAAUGCCACGAAUUUCUUAGUUUAUGCCUUCUCGCCUCAUUCUUUUUCUUUAUUGUCUUUUCCUUCUUCCCCACUCUUUUCAUUCGAAAUAAAAUCGAUUAUUUUUAG